GUGCAUAAAAAAGAGAGAGAAAUCGGAGAGCUUGUAUCACACAAAUCCCAAUAAUGAGCUUAGCACUCGUCCAGGGCUAUUCUUCCUCUGAAGACGAAGAACAAGAGCCCCAACAUGGCCUCCAUUACCAUAACUCCUCCUCCUCCGAAGACGACGGCGACGAGAGCAAACCCGCAGCGUCCUCCUCCAUUUUGGAGCCUUCCCGACCCACGUCCUCCAACGCCUCCGCCCUCCCGUCUGCUUCCGACGUCUUCUCCGAGAUUUCGGGACCCCCAGCUUUUUUGAACAACUGCGUCCAAGAAUACGCUCCCCAGCAAGUGCGGCAUGCUUCCCGUCACAACAAACACCGCAAGGACAAGAAACACUUGCCUGCUGGUGCAGUAGUGGAGUCCAAAGCUAAUUUAGUUGGAAUCCAUGAACGAGUAAGAAGUGAUCUUGAUGGUAAGCAACCUCGAUCUUUAGCUGAUACAAGCACAAAUGAAGGAGGUAAGCGUGUGGCAACUGUAACAAAUCCCAGUGCAGAGGAUGCUGCAGCGCUUCUCAGGAUGUGCUUGCAGUGUGGAAUUCCCAAGACCUAUUCCAAUGCACGCGGAAUGGUCUGCCCAACAUGUGGUGAUCGUCCUGCAGACGCAACUGACGACUCCAAGAAGAAGGGGUCUACAAUCAAAGAUAAGGAGAAAAACAAGAGGAUGAAAGGCCAGUCAUCUCAUGCUACAUGGAAAAGUGAAACUGAAAUGCAGCUUCGACAGCAAUUUGAUUAGUAGGACCAUCUCAGAAAUUCGGAUUAGCUGUUGGGCUGUGUUUCUACAU